GACAACACAACACAGAGCAACUGGUUAGACACACACACACACGCACGCACAGCAACACGCGUCACGGUCUCGAAUGACGUCGUGGCUAAACGUCACGUAACGUCGUCGUGACGACAAAAGUCUUUUGCGGCGACCACAUUGCGUCGAGUAGCCUCACAACGACAACCACUGCCGCCGCGUCCUAAGCGCCUGCCAAUCAUAAUGACAACACACGUGUGACGUCACACAACCGUCUAGGAGAACGAAAAUGUUAGCAAAAAGCUGAAGCUACGUAGCUUCACGGACAAGUGCCUACUACGCGUGGCGGGGAAAAACGACUUUUAUUUUACUGAUACAGACGAUAACAUUUUAGUAAAGAAAUGAGCCAGUUAACAUGAACCAUGAAGACUGACGAGUCAGCAUCCUGCCGCAGACUCUGCGACCUCGCCUCUCUCGCCUCUAUCUCUGCGUCGUCUGCUGCUACACGCGAGCCCCGAGCAUCCCAGAACCGGGACCAGGGCGUCGAGUCGCCAUGCCAGAAACGAGCAAAAGUCACGUGAUCCUGCUGUCGUGCGGAAGCUUCAAUCCCAUCACCAAGGGACACAUCCAUAUGUUCGAAAAGGCAAGGGAGUACCUGCACAAAACAGGACGUUUCAUCGUGAUUGGAGGGAUCAUUUCGCCGGUGCACAACUCUUAUGGGAAACCUGGCCUGGUGUCCAGCAGGCACCGUCUGACCAUGUGUCAGCUGGCCGUGCGGUCGUCCGACUGGAUCAGGGUGGACCCCUGGGAGUGUUACCAGGACACCUGGCAGACCACUUGCAGCAUCCUGGAGCACCACCGAGACCUCAUGAAGAGAGUGACGGGCUGCAUUUUGUCAAACGUCAACACGCCGUUGUCGACGCCCGUCAUUGGUCAGCCGCAGACCCAGGCUCCGCCCAUUUAUCAGAAUCACAACAACUUAAAUCACAAGCCCACUUCCGCAAAACUUUGGGGGAAGCUGAGUGAGAGUUUGGGCAAAGUUUGCUGCAUGCGUCCUCACAUGGACCGCUUCACCUUCAUUGAUGAAAAUGCCAACUUGGGGCCCACCAUGACGUAUGAGGAGAUCGAGUUGCGCAUCUUGCUCCUGUGUGGAAGUGACCUCCUGGAAUCUUUCUGCAUCCCUGGCCUGUGGAAGGACAGUGAUAUGGAGGUGAUCGUGGGCGACUUCGGCAUGGUGGUGGUCCCUCGUGACGGCGCCGACACCGAGCGCAUCAUGAAGCAGUCGUCGGUGCUACGGAAUCACAAGGACAACAUCGUGGUGGUCGAGGACGACGGCAAACAUCCGAUGGCGCGGGUCAGCUCCACGAAGAGCAGGCUGGCGCUGCAGCACGGCGACGGCCACGUUGUGGACUACCUGUGCCAGCCCGUCAUCGACUACAUCCUCAACACGCAACUGUACAUCAAUGCCUCGGGAUAGACGCGCUACGCUAACAUGGUCUCCUGCUCCAACAUCAGCACGCAACUACAGUGAACCCCUGUAGCGCGCCGCCUCCACGUUACGCCCAUACCAUAUCAAAAACCUUUCUUUGUCAUUUUACCCCUCCCCUAAUCUAUAAACCCAUUUUCAUUGAUUCCUACUUCACGUUUUAAGUAUAUCUUAGCGCCUGUUCUCACUUUCUCACUGUCAAGAAACAUUUCGACUAUCGUAGACAGUUCUCCAAAUUAGAGGCAGACUGUGCUUGCUUCAAGCUGUUUAUUUUUCACUGCAGUUGAAGUUGACUGUAAAAAGUGACGCAUAAUACAAAAGACAAUGAAACAUUUCAUAUUUUGAACAGCAAAAUGUUCAACCAAACCGUAUCAUUCAGUCUAACCAAAGGCCACUACCUUAAUGCUAACAUAAUGUGAAACAGUCAUAAUGGGCUAAUGGAAAAUAGCAUGUGUGUUAUGGUAGUUGUCAACAUUCAAACAUGCUGCUUCAUAUCUGUGUAGAUUGCCAGACAUCCAGGUCAUUGUAAUCGGCGACGGGUGAAUCGAGGCAACUGGAAUCUUUCAGCUUUAAUCCAAAAGGGUUACUCAAUUCGAAGUUGUAGGUGUUUAGUCUCAUGUAAACAGAGUAACAAUGCAACAAAAUGAGCAUACAACAAUAGUCACAGCCAGGCGGGUAGAUUUUUUCUCUACACAGUGAAAACGAUUCCUUCUCUGCCGCUUCUUCUUGCUCUUAAUCGCGUUUCUUCCCUUCCAGCCGAGCUCAGUGCUGCCUGCCAUGUUGUGGCCCAAUGUGGUACUUCAUUGAAGAUGUGCAAUUUUAGUUUGGGAAUUAGGCCUGUCGACUGUAAUAAUUACUUUAAAAAAAUCUGCAAUAUACCGGGGUUGUGAAGGAUAGAGCGGGGGUUCACUGUAACAGCUACACUUAUGUGCUUGUGUGUGUGUGUGUGUGUGUGUGUGUGUGUGUGUGUCGGGGUGGGGGCUGGGGGUUCCUUUUGCUUCACUUCCUGUUUUUCAUCCAGUCAGUAAAUGCAUGAAACCUUAGCUGCUUCGGAGCUUUACCAUCUUACAGGACGUUCUUCCCGUGUUUUCGUCCAUUAGCACGUUAGCCUUGUAGCUAACGCAAUGCUAGCUGCUAGCUUCAGCUUGUUCAGGUGAUUGGUGGUAACAGCGCCCACCCACCCACCCCCCGCUGAUUGUGGCGUCACUUCAAACUCAUUCAUUUAUUUAUCCUCACAGGACACUAACUGGAGAGUUCUUAGGCUUUGAUCAAAAGCCUCCAACGAUUAACAAAAGUUUGACUUUUUUUAUACAGCAUAUUUCUUGCCAUGGUGAAAUUGGCUCAUUUUAGGGGCAGAUCUUUCUCUCAUCCCGCCUCACAUAGUGCUCGGCCAAUGGCAAGCCCAGCAUUUCGUGGCGCAUGAACACAUCACCAAAUAGAACCUCCCCACGGCCGAACCAUUUGUGUACUAACAAUAAAAAGUCAAUAUGUCCCUUUUAACGGCACAGUGAACGAACGGUUAGCAUAUCUGUGUCACAGUUCUGAGGACCUGGGGACAACAUGCAAAGGGUGGCUUUUCUCCGGGUACUCCAGUUGCCUCCCACAUCCCAAAAUCCUGCGUGCUAGGUUGAGUGAAGACACUAAAUUGCCCGUAGGUGUGAACGUGAGGGCCAAUGGUUGUUUGUUUCUAUGUGCCCUGCGAUUGGCUGGCGACCGGUUCAGGGUGUACCGCCUCUCGCCCGAAGUUAGCCAGGAUAGGCUCCGGCACGCCCGCGACCCGCGUGAAUGGAUAAUGAAUGAAUGUCAACUUAGAGUAAUUUAGGAGCCCGAAAUCUUUUUUGACAAGGAUCCACUUUUGAGUGAAUGGGAGACUUUUCAAAGUAAAAGCCUGAAAAUGGCUGAUUGUGAGUGGUGGUUUUCAGUGUGCAGCAUGUUGACACUUUGCUUGUGCUUGUGGCAUGAAAUCAAAUGUAUUUGUACUGUACAACAAAGUCAUUAAAAUACAACACAAAACAAA